GAUCUAGGGCCCAUUCAGAAACUCUUAGGUCGAACACCACAGGGCUCGGUCGGGGUCCCCGGCCCAGGCAUAACUGAGGCGGCAGCUGCCUUAGCCUGGCCUCACCCCUUGCCAGGAGCUCUGGACUCGCCCCCCGGGCGGGGGGGGGGACGGUGGGUGGGGCUUGCCUGCCCACUGGGCCCACUUUCUCCUGGAUGAGGAAGAUCUGGCAGGGAUCAAGGCUGAAGGGAGCUGCUGGGAGCCUAGAGAAGGCCCCACCAAGGCAGCGACACCCUGACCCUUCCACCCCUCCACCCUCCGUGUAGCCUGGGGCUCUUUGCAUCACCCUGCAGCUUCCUUGUUUCCGCCCGGCAGCCAGGGGGUGGCUGAAGAGUGAAGGGCAGAGCCAACCACCAUGGCGACACACCUCUUCCACCCCCAGCGGCGCCCUCCACUCUUGCGCCAGGCCAUCAAGAUAAGGCGCCGCAGGGUCAGAGACCUGCAGGAUCCACCGCCCCAAGCCACCCAGGAGGUAGGAGUCCAGGUUCAGUCCCACCAUUUCUCCCCAGAGGAGAGGGACCUGCUGUAUGAGGAAGCCCUCUAUACUGUCCUGCACCGCCUGGGUCAGCCAGAGCCCAACCAUGUGAAGGAGGCCUCGGAACUGCUGAGCUAUCUGCAGAAGGCUUUCCAGGUGCAACCCGAGGAGCACCAGCAGAUGCUGCAGCGUGUCAGGGAGCUUGAGAAGCCAAUAUUUUGUCUGAAGGCAACAGUGAAACAGGCCAAGGGCAUUCUGGGCAAGGAUGUCAGCGGGUUCAGCGACCCCUAUUGCCUGCUGGGCAUCGAGCAGAGGGUUGGUGGACCAGAGGGCAGCCCUGUGUCCCGACGUCGGCAGAAGGCAGUGGUGAGGCACACCAUCCCUGAAGAGGAGACCCAUCGCACCCAAGUCAAGAGCCAGACCCUGAAUCCUGUCUGGGAUGAGACUUUUAUCUUGGAGUUUGAGGACAUAGCCAAUGCAAGCUUUCACCUGGACAUGUGGGACCUGGACACUGUGGAGUCAGUCAGGCAGAAGCUCGGGGAGCUCACGGACCUGCACGGGCUCCGGAGGAUCUUUAAAGAAGCUCGGAAGGAUAAAGGCCAGGAUGACUUUCUGGGGAACGUGGUUCUGAGGUUGCAGGACCUGCGCUGCAGGGAGGACCAGUGGUUUCCGCUAGAGCCCUGCACAGAAACCUACCCAGACCGCGGCCAGUGCCACCUCCAAUUCCAAUUCAUUCACAAGAGGAGAGCCACGGUGGCCAGCCGCUCCCAGCCUAGCUACACUGUCCACUUUCACCUACUGCAGCAGCUGGUGUCCCAUGAAGUCACACAGCACCAGGCCGGCAGUACCUCCUGGGACGCGUCACUGAGUCCCCAGGCCAUUACCAUCCUCUUUCUCCACGCCACUCAGAAGGACCUGUCGGACUUCCACCAGUCCAUGGCGCAGUGGUUGGCCUACAGCCGCCUCUACCAGAGCCUGGAGUUCCCCAGCAGCUGCCUCCUGCAUUCCAUCACCAGCAUAGAGUACCAGUGGAUCCAGGGCAGACUCAAAGCAGAACAGAGGGAGGAGUUGGCCACCUCCUUCACAUCCCUGUUGGCCUAUGGCCUUUCCCUCAUCCGGAAGUUCCGCUCCGUCUUCCCCUUGUCUGUCUCUGACUCCCCAUCCAGGCUGCAGUCCCUCCUCAGAGUCUUGGUUCAGAUGUGCAAGAUGAAGGCCUUUGGAGAACUGUGCCCAGACAGUGCCCCACUGCCCCAGCUGGUUUCUGAAGCUCUGCGGAUGGGCACAGUUGAAUGGUUUCACCUGAUGCAGCAACACCAUCAGCCCAUGGUACAGGGUAUCUUGGAGGCUGGCAAGGCCUUGCUAAACCUGGUACAGGAUGUUACGGGUGACCUGUACCAGUGCCGUCACACAUGGAACAAGAUUUUCCACAAUGUCCUCAAGAUAGACCUGUUCUCCGUGGCCUUCCUGGAGCUGCAGUGGCUGGUGGCCAAGAGGGUACAGGACCACAUUGCGGCGGUUGGCAACCUUGUCUCUCCAGAGAUGGGAGAGAGUCUGUUUCAGCUGUAUGUUGGCCUGAAGGAGCUCUGCCAGUUGAGCCCUGGACCCACAGACAGCCAUGAAGUCCUGGCCCUGGAUGGUUUCCACCGCUGGUUCCAGCCAGCCAUCCCCUCCUGGCUGCAGAAGACUUACAGCGUUGCUCUGGAGCGGGUGCAGCGUGCAGUACAGAUGGACUCGCUGGUACCCCUGGGUGAACUGACCAAGCACAGCACUUCUGCCGUGGAUCUGUCCACCUGCUUUGCCCAAAUUAGCCACACUGCCCGGCAGCUGGACUGGCCAGAUCCCGAGGAGGCUUUCAUGAUCACGGUCAAGUUUGUGGAGGACACGUGCCGGCUGGCCCUGGUCUACUGUAGCCUUAUAAAGACCCGGGCCCGAGAGCUGUCUGCAGUUCAGAAGGACCAGGGCCAGGCAGCUGACAUGCUCUGUGUGGUGGUAAAUAACAUGGAGCAACUACGGUUGAUCAUUGACAAGCUGCCCACUCAGCUGGCAUGGGAGGCACUGGAGCAGCGGGUUGGGGCUGUGCUGGAGAAGGGACAGCUGCAGAACACGCUGCAUGCUCAGCUGCAGGGCGCCUUGGCCGGGCUGGGCCAUGAGAUCCGUACUGGUGUCCGUACCCUGGCAGAGCAGUUGGAGGUGGGCAUUGCCACACACAUCCAGAAACUCAUCGGUGUCAAGGAGUCUGUUCUGCCGGAGGAUGCCAUUCUCCCCCUGAUGAAAUUCUUGGAAGUGAAGCUUUGUUACAUGAACACCAACCUUGUCCAGGAGAACUUCAGCAGCCUCCUGACGCUGCUGUGGACUCACACACUUACUGUGCUGGUGGAGGUGGCUGCUUCCCAGCGGAGCUCAUCACUGGCUUCUAGCAGGCUGAAGGUUGCCCUUGAGAACCUGGAGAUCUGCUUCCACGCUGAGGGCUGUGGCCUGCCACCAGAGGCCCUGCACACUGACACCUUCCAGGCUCUGCAGAGUGAUCUGGAGCUGCAGGCGGCCUCCAGCAGAGAGCUCAUCCAGAAGUACUUCUGUAGCAGAAUCCAGCAGCAGGCUGAAACCACUUCGGAGAGGCUGGGUGCAGUCACAGUCAAGGCGUCCUACCGUGCCUCUGAGCAGAGGCUUCAUGUGGAGCUGCUCAGCGCCUCCAGCCUGUUACCCCUGGACUCCAAUGGUUCCAGUGACCCCUUUGUUCAGCUGACACUGGAGCCCAGACAUGAAUUCCCUGAACUGGCCCCCCGGGAGACCCAGAAGCACAAGAAGGAACUUCACCCACUCUUUGAUGAGACCUUUGAAUUCCUGGUGCCUGCUGAGCCGUGCCAAAAAGACUGGGCAUGCCUCCUGCUCACUGUGCUGGACCACGACACGCUGGGAGCUGACGACCUGGAGGGAGAGGCCUUCCUACCGCUCUGCAGAGUACCUGGACUGACAGGCUGUGUGGAGCCGGGCGAAACACCUCAAAUGCGCCUGCCUCUCACAUACCCUGCCCCCAAUGGGGAUCCAAUUUUGAGGCUGUUGGAGAGCAGGAAGGGUGAUCGUGAGGCCCAGGCCUUUGUGAAGCUGAGGAGGCAACGAGCCAAGCAGGCCUCCCAGCAUGCCCCCCUACAGGGCGGUAGCAGCUGAAACAAAGCCAGAGUCCUAAAAGUCUGGGGUCUUCCUCGCCAUGGGGCCUGGUGUAACACAGGGAGAACCAGGAGGUGGAGGGCCCAGGGGUCUGGACAGAACAGCCCUUUCUUGUGCCCCGGCUGUGUUCUUUGCCAUAUUCCAGCACAGAGGAACAUCUCCUGUCUCUGCCCCCCCCCCCCAAAAGCUGCUUUGGUAGGGUAGCAUAGCUCUAGGGCCAUCUGCCUUCUGGAACUGCCAGUUCCAGCUACUGGGGUGGGGCCAGACUACUGGGACCAGAGCUGUGGGCACAAACAGAGAGAGGGCUGUCAAUGCCAUCGUGGUGCAGGGGGGUGGCCAUCACAGAGGGAGGUGGGAGAAGAGGCUCUGGCUGAGGUGAGAGCUGACAGGAGGCAGGGUAGGCACAGAUGGACAGCCACAGGAGUUAGGAAUAGCCUUCCUCCCUCAGACAGCACCUGCCUCCUAGAAAUGUUCUCAGUGAAAACAAAAAUAAAACAUUAUCCACUGCCCU